AUGUCAACGCAUCUUAAGAAUAUCGUGGUCUUGGGCGGCUCGUUCGGUGGUAUCUCCACUGCCCAUUAUGUCCUUAAACACGUCAUCCCUCAAUUACCCGACCAGGAAACGCAUCAGGUCAUCCUGGUCAGCCCUUCAGCAACCGCCAUCUGUCGACCCGGCUGUCCUCGCGCAAUGAUUGCCGAUGACUUGAUUGCGCAGGAUCAAUUCUUCAUCGACAUCCCCACGUCCUUUGAGCAGUACCCCAGUGAGAACUUUCGCUUUGUACAUGGCACGGCGACAGGCGUCGAUCAUGACAGUCGAAAUGUCACCAUCGAUCUGGUAGAUGGGAAUGCGGAGACGAUCGACUAUCACGCUCUGGUCGUCGCGACCGGCGCAUCCACUCGUUCACCACUGAUCACCCUGCUCCAGGACGACAAAUACCUGCGCCAAAACUGGGCCAGUCUGCGGGCAGCGCUUCCGUCUGCCAAGAGCAUCGUUAUCGCUGGUGGAGGUCCUACCGGUGUCGAGGUCGCCGGCGAAUUGGGCGAGUAUCUGAACGGUCGGGCAGGCUGGUUUCGCUGCAAACUCGAGAACCCAAAAGUCCCUGUCACGGUGGUGACAUCGGCCUCGCAAGUUCUUCCCGACAUGACUCCUGGGAAUGCAGCGAAGGCCGAGGAUUUCCUGGCUCGGGUGGGCGUGACCGUGACCAAGAACACCCGAGUGGAAACAGUGACCCCAGCCGACGCCGGCACCGAAACUGCAGUUGUGACCAAAACGACCGUAUCUCUCGACAACGGGGAGACGCUCGAAGCCGACAUCUUCAUCCCCGCGAUGGGAACAGUGCCCAACACGAGCUUCUUGUCUAAAUCUCUCCUGACGUCCGACGGCCGGGUCGAGACAAAUACAUCAACGUUGCGAGUGGAUAAAGCCGGCCCGCGUGUCUAUGGCAUCGGCGACGCCUCGUCAUUUGGCAAGCCGUCGGUUCACAAUAUCAUCGAGGCUAUUCCCGUUCUUGGCGCCAACAUCAAACGCGAUCUUCUUCUUGCUUCGGGAAAGACCGAGACCGAAGUUGGGGACGAUAGGAUUUUUAAAGAGAACACUAGAGUAUCGCAGCUUGUACCGAUCGGGCAAAACAAGGGAGUUGGGAUGGCCUUCGGGUAUACUCUGCCCAGCUCGGUGGUGUGGGCAAUCAAAGGCCGAGACUACUGGGCUUCGAUGCUGCUCAAGUUGUGGAAUGGGAAACAGUGGGAUUAG